AUGUCUAUUUGGCGCCCUUACUUAGAAGACGUCGCCACGGACGACCCGCUAAACCUCGCCGUGACGCAGGUGUCGCAAUCUGAUGCAGUGUCGGUAACAUACCCGGCAUGUCUGUCGAACCUGGCAUACCCGGAGUACCUAGCGGUGCCUCCGCAGCACUAUGGGCCGGCCUGGAUGUCUCCAGGCCAGUAUGGUUACUACCAAUUUGCGAGUGCGCCGUCGCCGUCACCGUCACCUGUGCUUGCUCCUCCCGCUGCCGUUUCUCCACCGAAGAGCUCGCCUGCCGAUUACGAAGAUGCUGAAAUCUCGGAAGAUGAAGACUUCCAGUUGUUUAAAAAGAUUUCCAUGGAUGCUAUGGCAAUGAGAAAUGGCGGUACAAUACUUGCAAGUAAUCCGCGCAUGCGUCGUACCGUACGCUCCGCGGCGGAGGACGACGCCUACCGACGCACGCGGGAGAAGAACAACGCGGCGGCGAAGCAGAGCCGCGACCGUCGCAAGCUGCGCGAGAUACACCUCUCGCUGAAGGUGACCUACCUCAAGCGGCAGCUGGCGACGCUCAAGGCGGCGCUGGGCUCCCAGACCUGCACCCGCUGCCACCGUUCCACUCUGAACUAG